AUGUCAGAAGAGGUUAGCGGACGGUUAUCAAGCCGCGUGCUGAACAUGAAGUUCAUGCGAGCUGCCGACCAUGCUGAGGAAGUCCAAAAAGUCGAAGAGCAGAAACGGCAGUUGGUAGACUCCAGUGAGUGGAAAUUGCAAGGAAAUGAGGCUAUAAAGGCACAGCUGCGACCACAAGGGAAAAGGGUUGGGGCCACUCAAAUCUCGGAACAGUCGCAAUCUGAAGUGAUUGUUGGAAGACGCAAAAUGGGCGUACCCGACAAGACGGAAGAAGAAGCGAAGACUACGGAUUCAUUAGAUGAACUUUGGGAAGGUCAGAAAAUGAAAAGAGGAGCAGAAGAUUUGGAAAAAGGUUCCGGCGAAAUUGACGGCGACGAAUACGACGCUCAUGACAAAUUUAAGGAAAAAUCCAAAGAGACAUUUAGACCGCGUCCCAAGCGGGCGAAACCUGAUACAAGUACCAAGGCCUCAAAGAAAUCGAAUAGGAAAAAUCCUCAUGACGCAUCUCACGUCUAG